GUCAUAUUCAUGCGUCGGUCGCGCUCACCGUUGUGCUCACGCAGGACAGCUGAACUACAAACAUGGCUCGAAAUGCAGAAAAGGCCAUGACGGCAUUGGCCAGGUUUCGUCAAGCCCAGCUUGAGGAAGGAAAGGUUAAGGAAAGAAGACCGUUUCUCGCUUCUGAGUGUAAUGAGUUACCCAAAGCAGAAAAGUGGAGAAGACAGAUCAUCAGUGAGAUUUCUAAGAAGGUAGCUCAGAUUCAAAAUGCUGGUUUAGGUGAAUUUAAGAUCCGUGAUUUGAAUGAUGAAAUCAACAAGCUACUUCGAGAGAAAGGACACUGGGAAGUCCGAAUUAAGGAACUUGGAGGGCCUGAUUAUAGGCGAGUAGGGCCAAAGAUGCUGGACCAUGAGGGUAAAGAGGUACCAGGAAACAGAGGAUACAAGUAUUUUGGUGCAGCAAAAGACUUACCUGGAGUCAGAGAGCUGUUUGAAAAAGAACCUGUACCACCCCCGAGAAAAACACGAGCUGAGCUGAUGAAGGACAUAGAUGCAGAGUAUUAUGGCUAUAGAGAUGAGGACGAUGGUGCUUUAGUACCUUUGGAACAGGAAUAUGAGAAACAAGUCAUAGCAGAGGCUGUUGAGAAAUGGAGAGCAGAGAAAGAGGCUCGAUUAGCUGACGGAGGAGGCGUGAAAGACACUGAGGAGGAGGAGGAAUAUAUUUAUGCUGUCAAAGAUGAUGAGUCUGAUGAUGAAACAAGAGAACAGAUGGAGGGAGAAGAUGGAGUGCAAACAUUUAUUGCUCAUGUUCCUGUUCCCUCACAGAAGGAGAUUGAAGAAGCCCUGGUCAGACGAAAGAAGAUGGAACUUCUGCAGAAGUACGCCAGUGAGAGUUUGAUGGCGCAAAGUGAAGAGGCCAAAACAUUACUUGGUUUAUAAUAUGCUCAGUAGAGUGAACUAUAUUGAGCAGUCAUAGAUCUUAAUGUUUCAGUUGAGAGUCCAGAACUGUGUAUUUUCAGAUCAGUUCACAUUUACACACUGAUAAUUGACAUUGAUGAUUCGAGCAGAUUUGCUUUAUGUGAGUAUUUGAUAUGGUUGUUGAUGCUCAAAUUUGGGAUUUUAUAAACUUCAAAGUUCUGUUGAAGUCAUAAUGUGGAGCUCAAGCACAAAAUAGCUGAAAAUAUCUGCAAUGUUUAAUUUGACAUGGCCACUGUGAUGCAUAUUAGGUGCACAGUUAAGGUUAUAUUAUUGUAAUUUAAACAUGUUAAAGUUCACACAGCAGCAAAUUUUAAUGCACAUCUGUGAGAUUACAGGCCAAAUAAGUGUUUUUUUUUUUUUUCGGAUAUAAUGACUCUGUCUAAUGCUUAUUAUGUCUAUUUAUGUUGAAUUACAGUAGAAGGAAUAUUCCGGAUUCAAUAAGCUCAAUCGACAGCAUUUGUGCGAUUUAAAGUUGAUUAACACAAACAUUUUUAGUCAAAAACUUUUAUUAAAAAAAAAAAAAAAAAGAAAAUAUAUGGCUUACAUUGAGGCUCUUACAGUGGAAGUGAUAGUGGCCAAUCUGUAAACUUUAAAAUAAGACGAUUUUGAAAAGAAAAUGACUUAAACAACAUUACAACUCCGAUAAUAACAUUACAGCUCAAAAGAAGAGCUAUUAUAAAAUGAUAAGCUUCACAUUUCUGCCUUUAAAAAUUGUCCCCAAUCACUUCCAUUGUAAGUACCUCACUGAAAUCUCAAUUGUUUUUCUUUUUUUUUAAUAAGUUUAAAUUAUUUUUUGUGGUAAAUCAACAUUAGAAAUCAUUAUGCCACAAAUGCAGUCGAUUAAGCUUAACUAUUGAACCUGAUAUUUUGAACCCAAUCUUUUUUUUUUUGACAAAUGUCUUGUUUUGUAAAUGACAAAAUGGCUUUCGGUGUUCAUUUAUUUUAUUUUGUGGUCCUUUGAGAUUACGGGCCAUACACACAUCUCUAAAUAUUUUGUAUAUUAUGUUUGUUUUUUUUACACAAUAAUGACUGCAUUCACUGUAUACUUAAAACACUUGAGUAAAUGUUUUAGAAAAUAUGCCA